UCGCAAUGAAGAAUAUCAGGCAUUAGUUGUUUUGGAAUUCUAUAGAUUGUGGUGUCUUUGUUAUCUCUCUAACGAUAGGAGAGUACAAGCUUCCUUUCAGUGAGAAAUGGGUUGCCGAAGCCGUCAAACGUGUGCGCUCAGACACGCGCGUACGCAUGCAUGCUGUUGCAUGUAAGGCCGGUCUGUAUGUCCGUCAGUGUGUUUGUGUAUGUGUAUUUGUAUGUUGUGUACGAUUCCUGUAAUCUCUACCGCUGGCAUUUUGUCAUAGUAUUUUUUGUACCUCACACAUUCGCAAAAUAACACGCGUCGAAUUUAGACAAAGUUCCGUUGAUGCAAAUACAUAAAAAAAAUUAAAAGCAGUCAAUUGUUGUUCUUUAAUUUGACCAUUACUUUUCUAUAGUCAUUUGUUAGUUGGUUGAUUGGUUGCUUUGGUCUGUUGUUAGUUAAUCAGUCAGUCAGUUAGCUGGUGGCCUUUAAGCGCAUUAUAGUUUUAUUGAUUAUUGAUAUGAAUGUAAAACAUUACAAAUGCUGUGACUGAUCAUCUAAAUGAGAAAUAAUACAAAAUAUGCAAAAGGAAAUAAAAAAAGAGAAAACAAGCCGUAACAAUAAAUAAAAGAAAGUUAAAAAAUAGUUAAUCCAAGAAGAUUGCUUACUAAGCAGCAUAAAAUAGAAGAUCAACAACGUUCAUGUGUUAUUAUUAUGACGCGUAUACUUAUGAUGCUUGAGGUGAGAAGCCUAUAAUGUGUAAACACAUUAUUAAUGCGUUUCAAAAAACAAUUGUAGAACAAUGUGUGUUAAAAAAUAAUGAACAAAAUUCUAAAUGUGGGCAAGACCCAUUAGGAACUAUAAAUUAAAUAAAUGCUAUUAAAAGUAAACGAGUAGGCCGUCUGUGGAAUCUAAACGAAAAACAAUACCUCUCAACAAAUGUUGUGAUUACCUCCAUACUUGCCUUGCUGCUUUAAGUUUCUGCUAUUUAAACUGUAUUAUUCCUAAUGUAAUGAACAUAUGCAUUCCCUCACAGACGCAACUUGAAAAUAUGACCAACUUAGAGAGUAAUUUACAACACCAUCAAGAGCAACUGCAGCGUCUACAACAAGAUAAUUAUUUGCAAGAAUUACAACAUCAACUUAAUACUCAAUUAUGCGCCGUGGCACAACAGCAGCAGCGACAGCAGAAUUUCUCAGCACAGCCGAAUUUGCCUCAAGCUUCUUCCGCCGCAUUAGUACCAUUUCUACCCGCAUUUCUACGCCCACCUCCUCCCCCACCACAACAAUUAGCAGCAGCUGCUGUCGCGGCCGUUGCUGGUGGCUUACCAGCUGCUCUACAUUCACAUGCUUUACACUCGCCCUCUCAUCAUAAACUGACAAUACAACCAAUGUGGUCAACAGCAGCCGUCGCAGCCGCUCAUAUUCAAGCUGCCUUCGCAGCCGCAGUAGCCGUUAGCAACAACAACAGUACCGUCGAAAGUCACAACGCGGUGGUAACCAAUCGAAGUGCAUCAGCUCCAAUAAUCUCUGGCGAAUCGACUGGGUACAAUAAUAACAUAUCAAAUAAUUUCAGUAUCAACAAUAAGAAUUUUUCGGUCCAGAGUGUUCGUUCGGAAAUACCAUUUCCUGAUACGAGGACAGUAACACCACCACAGACACCUUUGUACAACCUGAAUACCACUAGUGCCGUUGCAAACUCUACGCCACCAGAUUCCCCAACACCUCUGCGCACACAAUCAAAACUUGAAGAUGAAUCAGAUACAAGAACAAUAGCAAAUGUUUCCCGCAGCGAUAGUUCAAACAGUUUAGUGCUUAUACCUGAACUUCAACAGCAUCCAAUACAGCCGUCGGAAGAAAUGGAGCUUCAUGAAGAAAGUGAAUUCGAUGCUCCUCUCAAUUUGUCUAAGCCAAAGUGUUCACCACCAUUAUCGCCGUAUCUCGAACAACAAUCACCAAACAGUUGUGGUGGUGGUUCACUCUCAAAUCAAUUUGAGCAGCAUACACCCAGACUCGUGACAAGAUCACCAUUGCAAUGGCACUCGUCGUCAAAUAGCAAUGUUUCAGAAGCUAACUUUUUAGUGUGCCGUAUGUGGAAUUCAACUAAUACCGCUAUUGUAGGAGUUAAUGAUGCGCUAGCUCACUCCAAUGGUUUGGAAAAAGUAUCUUUAACGCGAACAAAUCGUAGCAGCAGAGAUUCUGCGAGCAGUUCUGCUGGGGCUGGUUCUUUAGCGCCGGAACACAUGGUUACAACGCCGCAGCACGGUAAAAUUCACCAAAACCAACAACAACAACAAUCGCGACAGCAAUCAUUGGUUGACAUCGAAGAAUCUCAUUCCACUCUCCAAGAGAGAAUUAAUAAUGCUCGAAACCUUAGCCAUAGCCAUAUACACGGGCACGGGCAAAGUCAUGGUCAUAGUCACGGGAACGGCAAACCCCACAUCAAACGACCUAUGAAUGCAUUCAUGGUCUGGGCAAAAGACGAGCGUCGCAAAAUAUUAAAAGCUUGUCCCGAUAUGCACAACUCAAACAUUUCAAAAAUUUUGGGAGCACGUUGGAAGGCAAUGUCCAACGCCGACAAACAACCCUACUAUGAAGAACAAUCACGGUUAUCUAAAUUACAUAUGGAGCAACAUCCGGAUUACCGCUACAGACCACGGCCGAAACGCACUUGUAUAGUUGAUGGUAAAAAAAUGCGUAUUUCGGAAUACAAAAUUUUAAUGCGUAAUAGACGCGCUGAAAUGAGGCAAUUGUGGUGUCGAGGAUCUGGAUCUGGUGGCAGCAAUGCAUCACAUGACGAUUUAGUUACUGCAGCCGGUGUUAGUAGUUCUCAUCCGGUCUUACUAAGUAGUCCACCAGCUGAUCCUAGUGAUAACGUUCAAGCUGUAGUUGCAGCAGCUUAUCAGUUGCAAGAUAUGGGCCAUGCUGUAGCAGCAGUCGCUGCCGUUGCCGCAGCCGCUAACGUCACUAACUUGGACGAAUGUAGUACGAACAUCCUGGAAAGUGGUAGUACACCACCAAAUAGUAGCAGUAGUGUUGGCGGCUGCACCAAAUAUUACUAUCCCUCAGAAAGCGGUUCACCAUCAGGUUUCUCUUCUGAAGGUAACGUAACGUGCUAUGAAUAGCGAGAUGAAGAGUAAGUCAACUGCCAACUCCAUAUCAUAUUGUAUCAGUAUAAAAUUUAUUUUUUCGGACUGAGGACUAACCUUUUACAAUGAUAAGAACGUAAGUGGUAAACACCUGCAGCAGCCUUACUUACGUAUCAUUACUAUAAAUUAUUUAAUUCAAUGAUCAGAUUUUCGAUUCCCCCACUGUUUAAGAUCAAAAGACCGGAGGAAGUUAUGAUUACAUCAGAUUUGCCCCAUGGAGCAAAUGUUCUUAAUCGUUAUUUACUUUUUUUAAAAAAUAUAAAAAUAUAAUAUAAAUAAUAGUCUAUUUAAAGACUGAAUCUGAGAAAAUUCGCAUAAACAUAAGGUGUAUUUGAAACAACCUUCUUAGUAAAAAUGUAAGUGUUAGGUUUUGCUAUAGGCAAUUAGCCUUAUGAAUAUUGUAUAUCAAAAUGACUUUAAUAUAUCGUUAAAUUUCCGGCCAGGUUUACUUCUGAAUUUUAGUGGGUUUAACGUCUUGCUGAACACAUCAUUUAUGAGUUUCUGAGGCUCUGUAAAUACGUUCUGUACCAGAAUAUAAAACACAUUAUUUACUGUUCUUCAUAUGUUACGGUUGCUGUGGCUCAAACAGCAGGAAUUCUCUUAUCUAAACGACACAGCGACAAUAGAGAAUAUAAAAGUGUUUCAAUAAUAUUAAAAAGAAACAAACAAUAUACUAAAUUCGCCUAACCACCAUCCUAACAAAGUUCCCUUAUUAAUUACAAACAUGUGAAAAGCCGAUCGAAAUUAUUCAUCGGACCUUUAAACAGACUGUUAAAUCAAUAUCUAUUGCUAAUUAUAAAUAAUUGAUUUUAACUGUUUUAAGCGUGUUCUUUGGAGGAAUUCACAUGUAACUAUCAAGUAAAAUCGUAUGCUCAAAUAUGCACUUCUUUAUAUGAAAUUUUGAAAAUCGCAAGAACUAACAACGGGCGAAGAGGCAGACAUGGCUCGGAAAUCGUGGUCUCUAAUGUAAAUUUCUGUGUUAUAACUGAAAUCAUAAAUUCAAUAUAUGUCCAUCCUUUGAAUAUAAAAAACGUAAAUUUUGAACUCAAACACUUGGAAAAGUAUUCAAUAUGAAAACGUUCACGCAUAGUAAACAAAUGUUGACCUGUAUAAAUAAUAUAUUAUUCAAAUUAUCAGCAAAUAAAUUAAAUUUAAGAAACUUAGCUUAAAAAGUUCAUAGGGUGCCAUGUUACCUAGAAUGUAAGUGAUAAGAAAAGGAAAAUAAACAAAGAAUAAAUCUACAAAAACACUGAUGACGAGCAGAUCAUGUUCAAUCGCGAAAAAGACAAGUGUGGUAGACUCCAGUAAAAAUAGUCACCAAUAUCCUUAAAUAUGAUAAGUACAUUUUAAGUAUCUAAAUGAAACUUUAACAAUAAUUUGCCUUAAAUUUCGUCAAGAUCAGGGGAAAUCUUAUUGUUUCGAAUUGUCUACUCACACAAUUAGUCUUCAAACGAUUUCGCUUGAUUUAAUAAAUCAUUAAUAGCAUAUUCUCUUAACUUAGUUUUAACAAAUAGAUUUAAGCAAUGAUAGCACUACAAAUAGUAAAAUUCCGUCCGUACGACGUUGUAUAACUAACACAAACUUUAACACAUCAAAUAAUGUGAAAUCAAACGAUCUCCAAAAUACUUACAUUUGUUAACAUUUGGAAACGUUCGCCACCUUAACGGUGAACAAAGACUAAAUGUGUAGACAGACUGCUCGUUAUCGUUCAAAUCGUGAAAAUUUUUAUAAACACG